AUGCGUUUUCUCAUAUUUUUCUUCAUCGUUUUUAUUUGUAAGAAAGGAAAUGCAUCACUAUAUCAAUGUAAUGAAAAUGCUGCAUGUGGAUGUUCAAUUAAGUUUACUCUUAUAUCACGUAUUAUUGGUGGUGAAAAUGCAGUUGAACAAACUUGGUCAUGGGCUGUUUCUCUUCGUUCUACUCAAGAACACUUUUGUGGAGGAUCAAUUCUUUCACCAUCAUUCAUUAUUACUGCUGCUCAUUGUUUCAAUGACAAAACUGAUUUAAAAAGUAUCACUAUUCUUGCUGGAUCUGUAAAUUUAAAACCCUCAUCAAAGGAUUCACCUCAAAUCCGUUCCAUUGCUCGAAUCUACAAGCAUCCAAAUUAUAACCCUAUUACGUACGAAAACGACUUGACUCUCAUUCACUUGUCUACUCCAUUAGAUAUGGGACAUGGAAAUAUCAAACCAAUCUGUUUACCAUCUGGUACUGUUCCUCAACCAUCAAACAAUAUUAGUAUGGUUGCUGUAGGUUGGGGUACAACAUCAACGUCGAUAGUUGUAGCUUCUCCAAC